AGCUCGCGCCGUUGUAGAGUGGGUAUUUUGGAUAGCCUAUCUGGCCGAGGCCUAUGGUUCUGCAAAAAUGACUCCGGUGUAACGGAGCUAACCGUUAUGGGGAACUUGGACCCCGUCGCAACGGGGUGGACGGACCGACGGCUAUUGGUAGUGUGCCAGGGCGGUUAAUGUGGGAAUACAAUAGUGUCCGGACCAGCAGGUACUUCGCAUCCUAACAGACAGCUGAGACAGGGUCGUCGACUGCAGCGGAAGAGGCACUAUUUACAGAUUUAAGCACGCGCCUAAAGUGGCUUGGUGUGUAAAGUACUGUGGUAGGCUGCGGAACGUUUGUAAAGUAGGGCAGCAAUUGUCGGGAAUUUUAAAGUGGUUAAUAAUCUAGGAACCGCAUCUAUGGAGAUAUUGAAGACAAGAUCCGGUCAGUACGACCCUGUGACAGAGUGGGUUAAACCGAAAUAAAUAAUUUGCCUAAUCAUUUGGCUUUUUGUCCGCCGGCCGGCGAUGUCAGCUUUCUGCCUCGACCUGCACACAUCUUCCGCGGUUUCAGCACCACUCGAGCUGGACAGCGACUGCAUGGAGCACCCGCUGGAUGAGGGAAACACAAGCCCACAAGAUACGGGAGGAUUUCCGGGCCACUCGCUGCUACACACGGGCUCUGGCGGCCUCGGGAUGGCGUUAGAAGAGGAGUUAGCCAUGCUCACUGGAGAGCGGGAGGAGGAAGAGUUAUCUACUUUAGAUGAGCCUAUUAUAGGACAAAAUACUGACUUGUUGUCGCUCUUCCGCCAAAAGGAAAAGGACUUAGUUUUAGCUGCUAAACUCGGCAAAGCACUGCUUGAGCGAAACCAAGACCUGACUAAGCAAUAUGAACAAAUGAACAAAGAUCUUAACGAGAAAUUGGAGCACCUGGAACAGGAGAAGCACGAGCUGCGGCGGCGGCUGGAGAGCCGCGAGGGCGAGUGGGAGGGCCGCGUGGCCGAGCUGGAGACGGACGUCCUGCAGCUGCAGGGGGAGCUGGAUCGCCACCAGGCCCAGCUGAGGGAGGCCGAGCGGGACAAGACCCGGGCCGUCAGCCAGCUGGCGGAGCAGAACCACAGGCUGCUGGAGCAGCUCAGUCGGGCUGCGGAGGUGGAGAGGCAGCUGUCCACUCAGGUCCACUCCUUACGAGAUGACUUUCGAGAGAAGAGCGUCUCCACCAACCAGCACAUGACACGUCUGGAGAGUCUACAGGCCGAGCAAGGUCUAGAAAUUAAGAUGCUGUCGGAGCGAAAGAGAGAGCUGGAAUGCCGUGUCCACGCCGUUCUAGAAGAGAACGAGGUGCUGCAGAACAGCGUGGAAGAACUGCGAGAGAGAACCCUGGUUCUGGAGAAGCGGUGUCGAGAGAAGGACUCGCAGCUACACCAGAGCCAGCUGGAGCUGCGGGAGGUGCAGGUGUCUCACCGGCAGCUGAGCGCCCGCCUGGAGGAGCUGGCGGACGAGAGGAGCCUGCAGGGCCUCAGCCCGCACCCCUCCAGCCUGCUGUGCGAGAUCGAGCAGAGCAUGGAGCAGGAGGAGCAGGAACAGGAGAGGGAGCAGCUCCGUCUGCAGCUGUGGGAGGCCUACUGCCAGGUGCGAGCGCUGUGCUCCCACCUGCGGGGCAACGACAUCACCGACUCGGCCCUGUCCACCGACUCCUCCAUGGACGAGUCUUCGGAGACGUCCUCCGCCAAGGACGUGCCCACCGGCAGCCUGCACGCCAGCCUGCUGGAGCUACGCCGGCUCACGCAGAACCUGCUGGACGGCAACGAGUCCACGGGCUCCAGGCGUAGCGAUGAGGAAGCACUAGAAGACCAGGUGAGAAAGCUGGGGGAGGAGCUCCGGGACGCGAGGGAACAGUACGAGACGGAACAGCUCCGGGCACGGAACGGUCGGGAAGAACUCCUCCAACUGCACAAUCAGAUGACGCUGCUCUCCGUGGAGAUGUGCUCGGUCAGGGAGGAGAGCGAGAGGAUGAGAGCCAGGGCUGAAGUGACGGAGCCCAGCGAACAGCUGGAGAACGCCAUCCGGGACAGGGACGACGCCAUCUGCAAGAAGAAAGCAGUGGAGAUGGAGCUGGCCAAAUGUAAGAUAGACAUCAUGUCACUCAACAGCCAGCUCCUGGACGCCAUCCAGCAGAAGCUGAAUCUCUCCCAGCAGCUAGAGGCCUGGCAGGAUGAUAUGCACAGAGUGAUUGAUCAGCAGUUGAUGGACAAGCACCAGGAGGAGUGGAAGGCGAGCCCCUUCUCCCUGUCUGCGUCCUCGGGGGCCCACAGCGCCCCCUCUGGUCAGUCCUCCCGGAGGGCCCACCGCCGCUCUGACGGAGACAAGAGGCUCUUCUCCUUCUUCAAAAAGAACUGAGCACCUCUGGACUGACCACAGCGAGCACAAGAGAGAAAGAGAGAGAGAAAUGAAGUGAGAGAAGGAGGGAGAGCGAGAGAGAGGGGGGGACACGGGUCAAGACAGCCAAAGAUGAAGGCAGUGACACAGCACUACGGACCCGAGGCGCCAGUGAGGUUCAAGGGUCAUUUUUGCACUUUAUUUGCCCUAUCACGUCUUUCCUUACAGAUUCUGAAGAAUAGAGACUGAGACAGAGGAUCUAAAGGACUGUUUCGAAAGACAUCCCCAGAGGCCUUGGCACUGCAGUCUCCCUAAAACCUCCAGGGUGACCAGUGUUACAGUACAGGGUCACACAGAGCCCCUCCUGAAAGAAAAGGUCCCAGUUGUGCCUCCCUCCAUCUCCACCCCACUACCAAGGGCCCGAAAAGGGGUGUAAAUGCACAAAGCCUGUCUGGCCUGUCCUGUCCUGGUCAGGGGUCUGGGGGGAGGCUGCUGGAGGUGUGGGAUACCCUGGGCUCGGGUGAGGAUGGUGGGGGAAUAGAAAGAUGGGGUUCUGAGAAAGGAGACUUCCAUAGAGGGACAGUGACCAAUGCUCUGUAAUGUUCACUCCGGUUUAUUCAGAUACUCAGGGAGCUAUACAUCGAGGCCUUAUUUCCUGCCAGUCUGUACAAUCAGAAGGAUGGAUGCUUGUUCAAAUGCACCCAAAUGAACUCUACGUUCAUCAUUCCAUUACAGAGAUGUUCUUUUACAGUAAAUUUACAGACAAAAUAGCAAAUUAUUAGGGAUGCACCCAACAUAUAGACAUCGGCGUUGCAACUGAGCUUUAGCUAAAACUAUUUGGCUAAGGUCGGAACUUCGGCACAUAAACGCAUGGCUGAGGAUUCUCUGCAUGUUUUGCACAUAGCUCUAACAGCAAAAAAACAUCAACAUGGUUGUCUACAUAUAGCUAGGUGAUCAUACAUUCCCUAAACAAGACAGACAGAUAUUUAACCUACCCCGUCCAAGUAGCCUUCACAACAGAACGUUUCACGGCAGGCGAAGUUGUUGGGAAUCGUGUACUUUGUAUCAUUUCCAUCAUGCAUGUACUCUAAGAUAAACCAUUAGGUUUCUAUUGUCGAUUGUCUUAUCAGAAGCAAUAUGUUUGUUAUUAGCAGUGGCUAUACAUAAUUUGUUUCGUGAAACAAACAGACUACGUGUCUUUGUUUAUGGGCGGUGGCCUAACCUAAAAAAGUAUUGCAAACAAAACCAAAGAUAGGCCUACUAGAGUAGACUAAUCAAACUGCCACGCCUACAGACAGUACUCGACUGGAAAACAUGGGCUUACACAGUCUACUUUGCUGACAAAUUAUUCAGUGAUCCUAAAAAGUGUGUUUAUUGUAUUGAAGAUUGCCGACAUGCGGACCCGUCAAGUUAAAUAUCAGACAAUACCGAUGUUCGGCCGAUUGAUCAGUGCAUCCCUAGUUGAAAUAUAUAAAACAAUACUCAUGAAAUUAUGAGUAGAUGUAAUUUAAAGCUAGCCAUCAAUACCAAGUGCAAACAUUUUAAAAAAUUAACGAGGUACUAGACCAAAGGGGAUGUGAGGGUGAUGUAGUAAAUAGUGAAUGUAUGCCAACCAGCCUAUUUAAUGGGACAAUUGGUUUUCUCAGGUGUGCGGAGAUCUCUGCUCUGGCCUCAUGUAUAGAUAUCUGAAAUCUGAAUAAAUCUUGGAGGAAGCAGGAAUUUGUGGCAACCUCUAUCCAGGUGGUAUUUUUGUACUGUUUUCAUGUCACAUUACAAACAUAAAUAGAGUAAUCUAAGAAAUUAUACUGUAUUUUCAAUCAUAUUGCCAGUUGUCCACUCGUCAAUCAUGAUGCAUCUUUCUAGCUGACCAAAUCUCCACAAUUGUUUACAUAUUCUUGAUAAAGGAGGAGACAAAAUUAUAUCUCAAUAUUUCUGCAGUGCCUAACUUCAGCAAGUCCAAGGCCUGCAUGUUGUGCUAAAGGUAUAAUCCUUCAAACAAACAUCGAUAACAACGGAAACUCAUUCGGAGUCAGAAAAUACCUUAUGUUGAUUUACAGUAGGCCUACCAACCAGUAAGGAAUGCUGUAGAAUUGUUAGUGCUUGGCUUCGACAUUAUGUUCCACAGUAGGAGAGAAUAGGGGGGCCUACAGUACUUCCAGUCUCCUAACUCCAGACUGUUGCAGUGGACAUUGCUGACAGAACAGCUCAGCUGUAGGGCUUCCAUUUAGGCCAGCGAUAUCUGACUGACAAUAAUACAAAAUGAGUGAUGACGUGAGGUUGGACGUUGUAUGAUUUGGCUUCUGGCACAGUCUCCUGUCCUGUCCUGCUCCAAGUCAUGUGUAACAUACCUGUGCACUCCUAUGCAGAUGCCUGCUCACUCUCAGUUGGAAAGGUUGUUGAUGUGGAUCAACCCAAAGAAUGAUUUUUUAAAGAAGUUUGGAUGAAAUCAAUAUAUUUAUAAAUGCAUUCCUUUCCGAUAAAAAUUGAUUUUUAGAAGAAGAACCCUGUACAUUGUGUAGUUUUGUUUUUGUUUUCAAGAUGUUUAAAAUGUGUUUGUUUUUUUAUGUGACAAAAUGUAAAGAGAUGGUAAGUGUAGGGAGAUUCCUUUAAGUAUUUAAGUCAAGUUAGACUCAUGAGAGAGUUCUGAUAUCCAGUAGUCGGUACAGAAACAUGGUAGAGUUGGAGUGGGUUAGAAUACACAGUAGGACUGAACAGGGUGGGGAGAAAGCAAUGUUUCAGCCUUGGUAAAUGAUAAGAUUGGGCUCAAAAUAUUGAGCAACUCUUCCCAUGACAAAUGACAUGUUUGUCUUUCAUCAACCUGUCUUCUUGUUGAACUACAUCACAUUAUAAUUUAGUUGAAACUUUUUUGCUCUUAAAUUUAAAUGUUUUUUUCGUCAUGAAUAUCUGUCGACUUGUGUCAUUAUGUUAUUGUAUUGUCUUCGUUUUUUUACUUGAAUACUUUUCUUAAAGUCU